AUGAAGAAACCGAACCGGGUCAAUCCCACUGGCCAGGACAACCCAGGAUUGGAGAUGGAGAUGACUGACACUGUAGCCAACAUGUCAGUUCGGUCACUGGCCCCUCAGACCUCCAGGACCUCCGUGUCUCAGGCUGUGAGGUCAGCAGCCCAGUGUGCAUCGUACACCUGUAGCCGCUGGAAACGAGCUGCACGCCAGUGUAUGAGAAAAAAAUCUACAGGGGAGUUCUUAGACAGCAAAUACAAAGGCUUGGCUUGGGAUAAAGAUUGUGUGGAUGGUGACAAGAGCCAGGACCCUAACAGAAGACUACUGGACCAUUUCAGAGUAUUGGCUGUCAAUGACCAGGACACUGAUGAGGUAGACCUUCAGUAUCUGGACAGUGUGAUCUGUGACGGAGCUGAUCCCAACACUGUGGACAGAUAUGGACAAACUGCCCUGCACGAGAUUUCGAGGGCCUGGAAUGUGGAUGUGAUGCGUUUCUUCCUCGAGAGAGGGGCUGAUAUCCAGCAUCCUGACUCAUAUGGGGUCACUCCCCUGCAUGUCGCCGCAGCCCUGGACUACGAGGACAUGAUCUACUUCCUGUUGGAGAGGAAAGCUGACAUAGGGGCCCGAACCACCCAGGACCAACAGACACCGCUGCACUACGCUGCCAAGAACGAUGCUGUGGGGGCAAUCCGACUGCUGCUGCAGCAUGGAGCAGACCUCUGUGCCCGUGACUAUAAACAGAGGACAGCUCUACAACUGGCUGCUAACCUAGACCGAAGUGAAGCAGCGAGGACUCUCGUGGAGCUGGGAGCAGAUGCUGGUGUGAUGGACUCCGACGGACAGCUCUGUAUCAGUGCCAUGAUCGUCCGGAUGACCCCAGUGGCUAAUGUAGCAAUGAACCAGUUCCAUGUGACGGACCGCAUGACCCGCCAGCAAUUCUACCACCUCCACCUGCUGGAGCCUGAACCGCCCUGCAAACCGAAUCCAACGGCCACAGGAUCAACAGAGAUUGCCACCAGAGAGCCUUCCUCGCCACUGGAGUUUAUAGUUCACCAGGGGAAGCUGGACCUGAUUAUGCACCCUGUGGUUCUAAAGCUCAUCGAUGUCAAGUGGAAACUUUACGGAAGGUUAGGAGCUUGGAUCCUCCUCCUCCUGAAUUUCUUCUUCAUCGUUGCCUGGACAACCGUGGCCAUUUCUGUGUCUGUUACCCAUGGGGACCAGACCUACAUGUUUCCUGAGGACUGGUGGCGUGUGCUAGUGGUGGUGGUGGCGCUGGUGCUGACCAUCGAGGAGGUGGGUAGGGAGGUAGUGGAGUUGCUACGCUCCCGAAGGAAGCUGCGGAGGUGGCAGAGGUGGGCUCGACGUCGCAUUGAAGAAGACAUCCGCUGCAUGCACCCAAUGUGGCCAGAGGAGAAACUUUUCCUCGAAGAGCAGAAGAAAUACAUACUUAGUAUGAAAGCCAACUACUCAAAAGACCUCUGGAACAUAUUUGAUUGGUUGGUGUACACUCUACUAAUCACGGUGUUUGGAAUCCACGUGGCAGACAUCUUCCUGGUGUCUGACACUCUGAGAGCCGUCAGCCUCCGUCUCUUCGCUGUGGUCAUCAUUUUCCUCUGGCUCCGACUAAUGAAGCAUGUGAGAGCGUUCAGGGUGAUGGGGCCUUUCAUCGUCAUGCUGGGCAAGAUUGUGGGGGAUGUGCUCCGUUUUCUCUUCCUCUACGCAGAGAUCUUCAUCCCUUACGCCUGCGCCUUCUGGAUCAUCUUUGGAGGCCUUGCAUCGGUGCCCAGUAUGAAAACAGUGCCCCAGCUCCUGUACAGCCUCUAUCGCAUCACCCUUGUGGAUGAGUAUGAGUUUGAUGCCAUGGUGCAGGUAGACUCCAUCAUGGCCCACCUCCUCUGUGGCACCUUCCUGGCCUUGUCCUCCAUCUUAUGUGUCAACUUGAUGAUUGCCCUGCUGUCAGACACCUUUCAAAGGGUGUAUGACAAUGCACUGGCCAAUGCUGUGAUGCAGCAAGCAGCUAUCAUCUUGCAAGUAGAGGAGUCUAUGCCCCACCUCCGUCGUUUCUAUGACAACCAGCACAUCCACCGGCACUGUGCUCCUCUGGGGGAGUUCUACGACGAUGACAUCAGCACCGACCCAGGACAACAUGAGGAGAUGAAGACUCUCACUGCUAAAAUCAAGGAAACCCUGGAUGAGUAUAUUAACAUCCAAAAGAAUGCCAAUACCGUAGAUCAAGGAAAGCCUAAUGAAGAUGGCAGAGACUCAAGAGGGAGGCGCUCUCCAUCCCCUAUUGAUGCACAAGGGGAACAGCUCCACACACUGCAGAGGCUCCAGACCCAGCAGAACCAGGACCUCAGUGCCCUCAGGGCUGACAUGAAGGAGCUGCAGACCCUAAUCCAGCUUCUGGUCCAGUCCAAGUCCAGCUCAUGUGAGAGUUGUGGUUCAAAGGAACAAUGCAGAGAUUGUGUUGGAUCCGAAACAGCAAAGGAAGUUAAGGACUAAUCACAGAGUCCUUCAGAAGAUCAACAGUUUGAAGACUCCUCAGUGCAAAAUACCACAGGACCAAUGCAUAAGGAUAAGACCGUUUAACAUCUUUCAGUUUGACCCCUAUUUAUAGUGUUUUAUCGUGGGAUUAUACCAUUUACUACACAACUCUAUGAUGUGUAGAAUACCUGUCAGAACUAAAUAAAUGAUUUGUCCUUUUACUGUUAUCCUAUAUUAUAGCAAAACAAUCAAAUAGUAUGUCUUUGAUGAAUUCAAAGUAUCCAAUAUCUCAUAAUCUCAUGACUGUGUCAUGAUUGUGUCGUGUAAAUAAAAAAUGUGAAGCACGUUUUUCGU